GAAGUUGUGAUUGUUUGCAGUUUCGGCGAGAAGUAGCAGCAGUAGCUGAAACCUCUAAUAAGUAUUAAUAAAUUACGCAUUAACAUUACUUCUCUCACCUUCUCCAAUCACUCAAUCCCUCGUUUCAAUUCCCACUUUCCCACUUCUCAAAAGCCAACACACCAAUCGAUCGAACUUCAUUCACUUCGCACAGAUUGUGAACAAAGAGUUUAGCUUUUUUCAGUAAUGAGGGGUCAGAGAAUGUCGAUCCACUCCAUGACCACGUGGCUCAAGCGGCAGCCACCAAAGGUGAAGGCUUUCCUCGCCGUGAUUUCCGGCAUGGCGGCGCUUGUUCUGCUCCGCUUCAUCGUCCACGACCACGACAACCUAUUCGUCGCCGCCGAGGCUGUUCACUCCCUCGGCAUCUCUGUUCUCAUCUAUAAGCUCAUCAAGGAGAAGACCUGCGCCGGAUUGUCACUCAAGUCCCAGGAAUUAACAGCUAUCUUUUUAGCUGUUAGGCUGUACUGUAGUUUUGUCAUGGAAUAUGAUAUACACACACUACUCGAUUUCGCUACUUUCGUAACUACAAUGUGGGUCAUAUACAUGAUUCGGUUCAAACUGAAGGCUAGUUACAUGGAAGAGAAGGAUAACUUUGCGAUAUACUAUGUGGUGAUACCCUGUGCUGUGUUGGCCUUGCUUAUUCAUCCAUCAACUUCUCAUCAUUUAUUGAACAGGAUUUUCUGGGCAUUCUGUGUAUAUCUGGAAGCAGUUUCGGUAUUACCUCAACUGCGGGUCAUGCAGAACACCAAAAUUGUUGAGCCAUUCACUGCUCAUUAUGUAUUUGCGCUGGGUGUUGCUAGAUUCCUUAGCUGUGCUCAUUGGGUUCUUCAGGUGUUAGAUACCCGUGGACAUUUGUUGGUUGCCUUGGGGUAUGGUUUAUGGCCACCGAUGGUUCUUAUAUCAGAAAUUGUCCAGACCUUCAUCCUAGCAGAUUUUUGUUACUACUAUGUCAAAAGUGUUUUUGGAGGUCAGCUUGUUCUUCGUCUUCCCUCUGGAGUGGUGUGAGUGAAGGAUCUGUUUCAAUGGAUACACAUUUAACUUAAUCAGGCAAUAUGGUGGGUUACCCUUGUUAGAGUACACUGUGUGUUUACACACUUAUUUGGUUCCUUGGUGGAAGCUGGUUCUGUAAAAUUUGGAGAUGAAAGAAAACUAAUUAUUUAUGCUUAAUGUACGGUUAUUUAUAGUUGAAAAGUCGUUUAUACAUGGAGUCUCCAUUUUGAUUAA